AUGUCAGCGCAAUCAGGUAUUACCGCUUCUCCUCAGCUUUUAGCCAAAUUUCACCAAUUCCUCGAGCAAGAUGCUAAAUGCUUUGUCAUAAAGAUUGACGAUACAUUGACUCAAAUCACCCCGUUUGAGAUCAUCUCCGGUAUUGCGUCGCACUUGACCCACGAAGACUUCGAGACCCUUCAGUCUUUGUUACAGCAUAGCGGAAUCGAAAACGAGCCCGCCUACAUUAUCCUCCAAAAUGACAAUUCAGCUGCCGAUAAGAGCUACACGUUCGUAUCAUACGUGCCUGACUAUGCCACGGUUAGAUUAAAGAUGAUCUACGCUUCGACCAAGUCCACCUUGCUCAAGGAGUUAUCUGCAUCGAUCAAGUUGACCAGCUCCAUUUUCAUCACCGAUUUCGACGAAUUGAGCUUGGCUAACUGGAAAACUAUUGUCAAGCACGAGCGGUCGGAGACUCCCUUGAGCGAGCAGGAACAAAGCUUGCAGAAGAUCAAGAACGAUGAAUUGAGCUACUUGAUUAGCAACAAGCCCCAGAAGUUGGCUGAUGUAUCCAGUGGCUCUUCUUCGGGUGUGCUUAGCUUUCAGCUCACCCCAGAGGCGCAGCAGGAGAUCGCAGGCACCUCUGCCGUGGGCUCUUUGAUCAACUUAGGGAUUACUUCCAACGAAACCGUCAAGGUCACCAGUGUGGCAACCGUCGCUGGUCACUCGGACCUUCUCUCGGAGAUCAACUUUCCGGAACAACCUCAGUACUCGUUGUACCACUACGCGCAAGACAGGUAUGCGUUUAUAUACUCAUGUCCCUCUGGUAGCAAGGUGAAGCUGAGAAUGCUUUACGCAUCCAACAAGUUGGGCCUUAUUAACACUUUGAAGGGACCAACCUUUGGCUUGAAUGUCGAUAAGGAGGUUGAGGUUGGUGACAUCAGCGAGUUGGAGGUGAGCGAGUUUGAGCUCAGCGAGCAAAAGAGCGACGCAAACAGCAACAGGUUGAAAUUCAACAAGCCAAAGGGGCCUAGAAGAAAGUGA